GAUUGCUGCAGUAGGUGUGGAGUUGCCAGAAUGUCCUGUGUGUCUGGAGGAAAUGUCGACACCAAUAUACCAGUGUCUGACUGGGCAUAGUUUAUGUAGUACGUGCACUACAAAUCUGCGGCCCCCGUUUUGCCCGUUGUGCCGUCAGGCCAUGACCCAGACCAGGAAUUGGCAACUCGAAGAUAUGAUAGAAAGGGCUACUGUGCCAUGCCCCAACAAGUUGGCUGGUUGUGUAUACACUAUGGUCAACAUGGAAGUAGAAGAUCAUCUAAAGGAAUGCAUUUUCCGUGAAAUGGCUUGCCCUCUUGGCGCUGUGUUUGGGAAAUGCUCUUGGUCAGGAAAACUGAAUGCAAUGUCGGAGCACUUUAAGGAACGUCAUCCUGAUAACUUUAAUGUUGAUCCAGAUGCUGGCAUUACUAUCAACAAUACUUCGGUCACAGCUGAUGACCGUCACAUGUAUCUGGUGGCUCAAAACAAAUUCCUGUUCAUAAUAUCAUUCAAAAUUGACACCAUGCAAAAAAUGGCUUACUGGGCAGUGCAACAUAUUGGAAAUAAGAAUCUGCUCAACAGCACAUUUACGAGAUACAUGUAACCAGUAAUGAGGAUCAAAGACGCAAAGUUGUUUAUACUGAUCAUUGCUUCAACGAUGUUAUGGAAGCCAAUGAAAUAUUUCGCAAAUUCAAAUGUGCGGUAAUGCCACUUGACUUAUUGGCCCAUUUCAUAAAGGACAA